AUGGACACCAAAUUUAUCGCAUCAUACGAGCCUAAAGGCACUACGCCAGACCUGAGACUCGUGGACGGGUCCGUCCGGGCAAUCCAUGAUAGUGAACUGCUUAUUCGAGUCGUCGCUAGUGGCAUUUGUCACACUGACCUCAUUUUCGCCACUUGGCCUGCCGACCAGAUUCCAUAUCCCAAAGUAUUAGGACACGAGGGUGCUGGUGUUGUAGUGGAAGCAGGAUCCAAGGUUACCAAAGCUCGCCCAGGUGACUUUGUCCUUCUCUCGUUUCACAAUUGUAAAGACUGCUAUGACUGCAAAGAGGGCCAUCCGUCCUUUUGUAGCAAGUUCGUGGAGAUUAAUUAUGGCGGCGAGGAUGCAACAUAUACAGCAAAUGGCACCGGCUUACGUGGCAACUUCUUUGGACAAUCGUCGUUUGCUGAACUGGCAGUUGUCAAGGAAACGUCUGUUGUCAAUGUUACCAACAUCAUCGAGACUGAAGAGGAGUUGAAGUUAUUCGCACCACUUGGCUGUGGAUUUCAGACUGGUGCGGCGACAGUUGAAAACGUUGCCAGAGCUAAUGAGAAGGACAGAGUCGCAGUCAUAGGUCUUGGUGGCGUCGGAUUGGUCUCUAUAAUGACAGCAAAGAUGCAGGCUUGUGAGACCAUCAUUGGUAUUGAUCGUGUACCAGAGAGACUGGAACUAGCCAAGGCCCUCGGAGCGACUCAUGUAAUCAACACAUCGGAUGAGAACAUUGACAUCAAAGAGGAGAUCCAAAAAGUCACUGAUGGAAGAGGCUCUAGCAUAACGAUUGACACGACAGGGAACAUGGGCCUCAUCAAAGCAGGUCUGGAGUUUACUUCCAACAGAGGUCAAUUGAUAUUUAUUGGAGUACCACCACUUGAUGCCAUGAUGGAUCUUCAUCUUGUCACAUUCUUGCAGACCGGGAAGGUUAUUCGCGGAACGAUUGAAGGCGAUGCUAUCCCUGGCGAGUAUCUACCCCGAAUGGUACAGUGGUAUCGAGAAGGCAAACUACCAAUCAAUAAGCUUGUCAGCUAUUACAAGCCAGAAGAUUUUGAGACUGCUCUGAACGAUAUGAAAGUUGGCAAAACAGUGAAACCAGUUAUUGUCUGGUAG